CUAGUGCCGCCCUACACCAUCGUCUACUUCCCCGUCCGAGGGCGCUGCGAGGCCAUGCGCAUGCUGCUGGCCGACCAGGGCCAGGGCUGGAAGGAAGAGGUGGUGACCAAGGAGACCUGGCUGCAGGGCCCGCUCAAGGCCUCCUGUCUGUACGGGGACUCUGCUCCCUGCCCUGGUCCGGGGACCCUGGGAGAGGGUCAGAACCCUUGGCUGCCCUUACCCAGAUGUGCAACCAUGGACAAGUGGCCAAUCCUCUGUGGGCCUGUUUCCUCCUCUGAUGUCCCGGUGGUCACAGAGUGCCACCCUGUUUACCCGGCACCUCCCACAUUCAGACACUUGGCAGGUCUCAAGAUCUCCGUUUUACAGCGGAGAAAACAAACAGGUCAGGGCCGGAAUUUGCAGGCAGGCGCCCCGAGGGGCACCCCCACCUGCUUUCCCAAACAGCCCCAGAAAAUGCUCUCAAAUGCGCCCUGCACACAGCUCGUCGUCAAUGGAGUGGUUAUUUAAAAUGUUAAUGUCAGU